CAACUGGGCCACCGUAGUUACUUUGCCGACGGAAAGUGGUGAACGUGUGGUAUCUAGCUAGCUAACUACUUGAACAGAGGGAAAACAAUACUGCGUGGAUUAGAGGUCGACCGAUUAAUCGGCAUUGCCGAUUAAUUAGUGCCGAUUUCAUCUGCCUUUUUGGACACCGAUUACAUUGCAAUCCACGAGGAGACUGUGUGGCAGGCUGACCACCUGUUGCGCGAGUGCAGCAUCAAAAGGACCUUGUGGCUGCAAGGAGCCAAGGUCAACAGAUGACAUCAGCAAUGAUCUCCGUCCACACCACAGCUUCUCGCUUUGCCUUGCUUCAGGUUGACUCUGAUUCGGACUCCGAUUCGGAGUCAGGAAAGACCAGAGGUGGUCGGGACUCUGGAAAGGGUCGGCCUGGGAAGGCAACCGAGGGGAAAUCCACCGCGAGCAACGGCAAGAAGGAGAAGAGGAAGAAGAAGCGAGAGCAGCAACAGAGCGAGGCCAAUGAGUUAAGGAGUCUUGCCUUUAAGAAGCUCCCUCAGAAGUCCUCUGCCCCGCCCCCCUCCCUUUCUCUGCAGGGUGUGGCCAAUGAGCUACUCCAUCCCGUGGCAGGGGACCAAGCCAUGCCCCCGGAAGGCUGGCAGCAAUGGAAACAGAGGGACUACCAGUUAACGAGUGAGCUGUAUGAGGCAGACCUGGAGAAGGCACUGAUUAUAAGUAAACUGGAGUUUGAGGAGCACAAACAGGAUGAUGACGGAACAGAUACUCCCUCUCCCAAGUCCCGAGGAGGAGCAGCGGCAGGGAAGAAAGACAAGAAGAAGAGCCAGCAGGGAAAAGACAAGAAGAUGACCGUGUCUCUGAAGGACUUCCAGGCAGAAGGGGAUCAGCUGAGUAAGAAGCAGGAGAAAGAGGAGCCCAAACUGCCCGCACCUCCAGAAGACAAGUUCUUCAACAAGCUUGAGGAUGACGUUAGCAAAAUCGUACAGAAGGAGAAAAGACGGGAGCAGUUUUCUAACGGCACUGACGCCGAGGUCACGACUUCAUCAGAGCAUGAACCGGACCCCCGAACUGAGCAGCUAAAGGACGACUUGGAGAAGAAAGACCAAGAAAUCGAGAAGUUAAAGAAGGUCAUUUCACAAUGGGAGGUGAAAUACAAAGAAGUGAAAGCCAGAAACUCCCAGCUGCUGAAGAUGUUGCAGCAGGGAGAGAUGAAAGAUAAAGCAGAGAUCCUACUGCAGGUGGAAGAGCUUCUAAAUAUCAAAGAGGAGCUGUCUUCACAGGUGACAUCACUACAUGCCUCACUUGAACAAGAGAAAUCGAAAGUGAAAGGUUUGCAAACGGAUCAGCCAAAACACCAUCAGGGAAACAGGAAGGGGAAAAAGGGUUCAGAGUCUGAUCUAUGAAGACCGCAGAGGGAAGAACAUUGACUGCAAAAUACAACGAAGCAAAGCACUCCUAUUCUUCAGGGUCUAUUUGUUUGUAUGGUUACUCUCUACUCUCUGUCUUCAUGCACUAUGCAUGCCUUGUAUAUCACACACACCAACGCCUGGAUGUGCCGCACUGCAGAAGUUAUUAAAAGGCUUGUAAUGAAGGCUGUUCUGAUUUAAAGAUAUGUUUUCUGUUGACUGACAUCGCAGCUCCUCUUUUUGUUCUGGUCUGCUCCCCGCCUUCUCUGGGGAGAUGCCAAAUGACAGGUGUGAUUAUUAAUUAUUUUUCUUUUCACUGCAAGUUAAAUAAACUACUUUUUCAGU